AUGAGCUUUACCGAGGGUUUGGUCAUCCUUUCGAUGGGCGCAUUCUCGUGCCUUUUAGGGGUUUUCCAGUUGGUUGGAUUCUUCAACUUUCCGUUGCGUCUCCACCGCAGGUCAGGUCUUGCGGUCGGCGAACACCAGUGGAGUAGUUCCAUCUGUUGGAUCAUCCAGCUAAUCGUGACUAUGGUCAACGGCGUGCUGGCCAAGCGCAACUACAACUGCCUGUUCAACGGGCUGCUCCUGAAAGACGCCAUGAACAACUACUUCAAGUUCACCUUGGGCUUGCUGACGGCCAUCGUAACGUUGGCCGAUUCGUGGUUUUGCGUGGAGACACAUCGCUCGAUAUGGAUGCGCUAUCGCGCGCUUGCCCAAAGAGACGGCACCUUCCUGGGAUUGAUGGAUCGAGGUGUGACCGUUCACGUGCUCGUCCGCUAUAUGGCCACCUUUCUGCUAGUGGUCGCAGUUUGCAUUUUGGUUGAGUACAAGCUCUACUAUGGUAUUGCCGUUGGGACGCAAUGGCACUGCUUCUGGAUGCACAACAUCUACCCAUACGCGAUCAGCCACUUUCGGCACAUGUUUCAUCUGCUGCACAUCGCACUGAUGGCGGAGAAUUUAAGCCAGUUGCAGGCAAGACUGCAGCGUUCAAUCGAACAAGCCGGAUUACAUUCUGGCCCGAUGCAGCGUGAUGCAACCGUGGCGCUCAUCAUGGAAGAGUGCCGGGCCAUCUACACCGAGCUGUGGUUCGUGAACGAAAGCAUCAACGAGCUGUUUGGGUUUUCGCAAGCGUUCAACAUCGCUUGCAGCUUCGCGCAGAUCGCGUUCGAUCUGUACUGGGUGUACAGUAUAUGGCUCACGAACCAAGAGAACAUCGAUGGUGAGUGA